AUGGCACCCCGCAAACGUGGUGGUGGAGGGCGUGGCAUCUCCUUCAUCUUCUGCUGCUUCCAAAGCAGCGAUCAUCCGGAGAUCACCUACCGGCUCCGUGAGGACUUCGCCCUGCAGGCCAUGGAGCCUGCACUGCCCAUCCCUGGCUAUGAUGAACUGGAUGCCAUGUUCUCUGAGCUGGUGGAUGAACUGGACCUCACAGAGAAGCACAGAGAGGCCAUGUUUGCUUUGCCAGCAGAGAAGAAAUGGCAGAUCUACUGCAGUAAGAAGAAGGAACAAGAAGAAAACAAAGGAGCCACAAGUUGGCCAGAGUACUACAUUGACCAACUCAAUUCUAUGGCAGCUAGGAAGACUCUCCUUGCGCUGGAAAAGGAGGAUGAAGAGGAACGUAAUAAGACGAUAGAAAGCCUCAAAACAGCUCUGCGGACACAACCCAUGAGGUUUGUGACACGUUUCAUUGAUCUGGACGGUCUGACCUGCAUCCUCAACUUUCUGAAGAGUAUGGAUUAUGAGACCACUGAGUCUCAGAUCCAUACCUCUCUGAUUGGCUGCAUUAAAGCCCUGAUGAAUAAUUCCCAGGGACGUGCCCAUGUGCUCUCCCAUUCUGAAAGCAUCAAUAUCAUUGCCCAGAGUCUGGCUACUGAAAACAUUAAGACAAAAGUGGCUGUUCUGGAGAUUAUGGGUGCUGUGUGCCUGGUGCCUGGAGGACACAAAAAAAUUCUGGAAGCCAUGCUGCAUUAUCAGAAAUUUGCCUGUGAGCGGACACGUUUUCAGACACUGCUGAAUGAUUUGGACAGGAGCACUGGGCGAUAUAGAGAUGAAGUUAGUCUAAAGACUGCCAUCAUGUCCUUCAUCAAUGCUGUGCUCAGCCAGGGAGCUGGAGAGGCAAGCCUGGAGUUCCGGGUGCACCUGAGAUAUGAGUUUCUCAUGCUGGGGAUCCAGCCAAUCAUUGACAAACUGAGAUCCCAUGAGAACGCUACACUAGACAGGCACUUGGACUAUUUUGAAAUGCUGAGGAAUGACGAUGAACUCACUUUAUCCAGGCGCUUUGAUUCUGUGCAUGUAGACACUAAAAGUGCCACGCAGAUGUUUGAUUUGAUUCGUAAGAAGAUGAACCACACAGAUGCAUAUCCGCACUUUAUAUCUGUUCUGCACCACUGCCUGCUCAUGCCUUAUAAGCGGAGUGGAAACACAGUGCAGUACUGGCUGCUCCUUGACCGGAUCGUCCAACAGAUGGUCCUGCAGAAUGACAAAGGUCACGACCCCGAUGUCACGCCAUUAGAAAACUUCAACGUGAAAAAUGUGGUUCGCAUGCUUGUGAAUGAAAAUGAGGUUAAACAGUGGAAAGAACAGGCAGAGAAAAUGAGAAAAGAACACCAUGAGCUUCAGCAGAAGCUGGAGAAGAAAGAGAGGGAAUGUGAGGCCAAGACAACUGAGAAAGAAGAAAUGAUGCAGACACUUAAUAAGAUGAAGCAAAAGCUCGAGAAGGAGAGUGGAGAGCAUAAAGUGGUCAAACAGCAAGUGGCAGAUCUAACUGCACGUCUACACGACCUCAGCACGAGACAGAUAGCCAGUGUUCCUGGAGGUCCUCCAACCAUUCCAGGACCCCCAGGUGGACCUCUUCCACCUAUUCCACCUCCACCUCCAGGAGGCAUGAUGCCCCCACCACCACCUCCACCACCUGGUGGUAUGAUGCCUCCUCCACCACCUCCUCCACCUGGAGCACCUCCACCUCCCCUGGGUCGCCCACCCCUCAGUGGGGUGCCACCUCCACCUGGAGCUCCUGUUGGCCCCUCCCUAAAGAAGAAGAACAUUCCUCAACCAUCCAAUCCACUCAAAUCCUUCAAUUGGGCCAAGCUGUCAGAGAAUAAGUUGGAGGGCACAAUGUGGACAGAGGUGGACGACAGCAAGGUUUUCAAGAUUUUAGAUUUGGAGGACAUAGAGAAGACCUUCUCUGCCUACCAGAGACAACAGGACUUCUUUAUGGUCAAUAACACCAAACAGAAAGAGACAGAAGAUGAUGCCCUGAGCUCCAAGAAGGUGAAGGAGCUGUCUGUUAUCGAUGGUCGACGAGCACAAAACUGCAACAUUCUCCUUUCACGAUUGAAGCUUUCCAAUGAAGAGAUAAAGAGAGCCAUCCUAACUAUGGAUGAACAUGAAGAUCUACCCAAAGACAUGCUGGAACAGAUGCUUAAGUUUGUGCCUGAGAAGAGUGAUAUUGACCUGCUGGAGGAGCACAAGCAUGAAUUGGACCGCAUGGCCAAAGCUGACCGCUUCCUCUAUGAGAUGAGCAGAAUAAACCAUUACCAACAGAGGCUGCAGUCUCUUUACUUCAAGAAGAAGUUUGCUGAGAGAAUUGCGGAGAUCAAACCCAAAGUUGAAGCUCUGUCCAAGGCCUCGAAAGAGGUGCUACACAGCCGGAACUUAAAGCAGUUAUUGGAGGUUGUGCUGGCUUUUGGUAACUACAUGAACAAAGGGCAGAGAGGCAAUGCUUACGGCUUCAAAGUGUCCUCACUCAACAAGAUCGCAGACACCAAGUCCAGCAUUGACAAGAAUAUCACUCUCCUUCACUACCUAAUCACCAUUCUUGAGAAGAAGUACCCCAAAGUCAUGCUCUUCCCGGAGGACCUCCAGAACGUGCCGGAAGCCGCAAAAGUCAACAUGACUGAGCUUGAGAAAGAGAUUAACAACCUUCGCAGUGGCCUGAAAAAUGUGGAAAGUGAGCUGGACUUCCAGAGGAAACGUCCUCAGGAGGUUGGAGAUAAAUUUGUGUCUGUGGUCAGUCAGUUCAUCACUGUGGCUAGUUUCAGUUUCACUGAUGUGGAGGACUCACUCCAGGAAGCUAAGGAACUGUUCUUGAGAGCAGUCAAGCACUUUGGUGAGGACACUGGGAAGAUGCAGCCUGAUGAGUUCUUUGGCAUCUUUGAUCAGUUCCUGCAGUCCUUUGCAGAGGCACGUCAGGAGAACGAAAACAUGCGGAGACGCAAAGAAGAGGAGGAGCGCAGGGCACGCAUGGAGGCUCAGCUGAAGGAACAGAGAGAGAAGGAAAGGAAGGCACGGAAGGCUAAAGAGAAUGGAGAGGACAAUGGAGGAGAGUUUGACGAUCUCGUAUCGGCAUUGCGCUCUGGAGAAGUCUUUGACAAGGACCUAACCAAGAUGAAGCGUAACCGCAAACGCAUCAACAGCCAGACCACUGACACUGGCAGGGAGCGUCCAAUCACCAAACUCAAUUUCUGA